UGAGUUUGUAAAGAGUAGUGUCGAAGUUUCAGAGAAACCAUGAAGAAUUUCAAGGCUUUCAAUUUGCUAGGGCUUCUGUUUGCCCUUUUUCUCAUCUCUUCCACUGUCACAGCUGAUGAGAAAUCCAAAGAGGAGAAUAAAGCUGUAGUGGAUGGGGCAACAAAGGAGAUGAAUCCGGUGCCAGUUGAUGACGUAAAACAAGGCCGAGGGGGAGGAUAUUGCGGGCGCUGCUGCUGGAAACAUGGCUACCAUUAUUGUGGUAGUCAGUGUUGUUGGCCUGAGAAGGAAGAAACAGAAGCUGUAGGCGAGGCCGCCGCUGAUGCCAACCCUGAUGGAUAUGGCUGGGGUGGCGGACGAGGAGGCGGUGGCUGGGGAGGCGGAAGAGGUGGCGGUGGCGGACGAGGAGGAGGUGGUGGCUGGGGAGGAGGAGGCAGUGCAGCAGCUUAUGAAGACAACCCUGAUGGAUAUGGCUGGGGAGGGGGACGAGGAGGCGGAAGAGGUGGCGGUGGCUGGGGAGGUGGAAGAGGUGGCGGUGGCGGUGGCGGACGAGGAGGAGGUGGUGGCUGGGGGGGAGGAGGCGGUGCAGCAGCUUAUGAAGCCAAGCCUGAUGGAUAUGGCUGGGGAGGGGGACGAGGAGGCGGACGAGGUGGAGGUGGCUGGGGAGGCGGACGAGGCGGAGGUGGUUGGGGAGGGGGUAACUGAUCGAAGCCAGAGUAGUAGGCUUUUGGAAAAACUAUGUACAUAAAUAAUAUCAGUAUGUAUGGUAGAGAACUAGAGACUAAAAGAAAGUAUGUACGUAAUUAAGAGAAAAAUAUGAGUGAGCUCCGUGACAAGCAUGCAAGAGAGCAUGAAGGUCGGGUUAAAUAUCACCUGAAAUAAUUUGACCCUAGCCUAGCUAGCGAGCUCCAAACUAUAGAGGACAGACCCUUGUCGUCCGUGAAAUAUGUAAGGUCCUUUAUGUGUAGCACUUUCUACACUUUGGAAGCAUGAUACGUACUUGCAAUGUUAAUGUAUGAAGCAUAUCCUAUAAAGGCUAUAAUCUGGUCCUUCG